GGCAAAAAGGUCAUUGGAAGAAAAACAUGGCAGCCUCCAUGAAGUACUAGAUUUUACACCUAAGCUUGUUGAUAUGGUUUUAAUGUUGACAGACGAAUAUUUUUUCAAAAACUGACUAUGGCAUUUGUGAAUCUGUAUAAUGUAGACAUCGAAUCAAGACGAGAUAACGAGUUUCCUCAAUUGAAAGGUUGUACCUAUGUGGAACACAUUGGAGCGACCCUUUAUUCCAAAAGUCAAAUUGAGGCUUACCAACAAGAGUUGCUAAGCAACCUCUAUGGUAAUCCACACAGUCGCAGCGAGAGCAGUAGGCUUAGCACAGAUGCUGUGGACCAAAUAAGAUUCAGGCUUCUGGAACACUUUAACACAAGUGAAGAUGAAUACACUCUGGUCUUUACAGCAAAUUGUACAGCUGCUCUUAAAACAAUUGCAGAGUGUUUCAGUUUUUCUCAGCCUUUGGAGGAUGGUGACGAAGCAAAUGAUGCACUGUCACAGAUGAAAAAUUCCCAGUCUGGCUGUUUUUGCUAUCUCCUAGACAAUCACACAUCAGUUGAGGGUAUGAGAGAAUGCCUACAUGACAAGACCUCUGCCAUUCUCUGUUUACCCGAGUCAGAACUUUACAACGAAGACAUCUCCAAAUCUUUCAUUCUUGCUCAACAAGACUCAUACAAUGCAGGAAAUUGCCUGUUUGUCUAUCCAGCUCAGUCUAAUUUCUCUGGCCGUAAGUAUCCAUUAUCAUGGAUAGAGGUGAUUAGGAACCAGGAACUAGGAUUCCAGAACCAGUUUACAGGAAACUGGUUCACAGUGCUGGAUGCUGCAGCUCUGGUUUGCACCUCACCUUUGGAUCUUGGAGUCCACAAACCGGAUUUUGUAACGCUGUCCUUUUACAAGAUGUUUGGUUUUCCAACCGGUUUAGGGGCCUUGCUUGUCAAGAAUUCAUCUGCUGCUCUGUUGAGGAAAACCUAUUUUGGAGGAGGAACGGUUGCAGCAAGCUCUGCCACAGAAAGGUUUCAUGUGUUCAGACCAAACUUGGCAGAGAGGUUUGAGGAUGGCACAAUUCCAUUUUUAGACAUAAUUGCUGUGAGACAUGGCUUGGAUGCCUUGAAGAAAAUUGGAGGUAGCAUGGAAAGAAUUUCAGGACACACAUUUUACAUUGCUAAAUAUUUUCAUCAUAAACUUGCUCACCUGCGGCACAGCAGUGGGGUUAAUGUAGCAGAGAUAUACACCAAUGGGAACUUCAAGGACCCAGAAACCCAAGGAGGAGUUGUAAACUUCAAUCUUUUCCGAGCAAAUGGGGACUACAUUGGAUUUGCAGAAGUGGACAGGCUGGCACAGUUGUAUAACAUUCACCUCAGAACUGGCUGUUUCUGCAACAUUGGAGCAUGUCAGAUGUUUCUUAAGAUCUCCUCAGAGGACAUCAAGUCAAACCUUCAGGCUGGUCAUGUCUGUGGAGAUGACAGGGAUUUAAUCAAUGGCCGCCCAACAGGAUCCAUCAGGAUUUCCUUUGGAUACAUGUCCACCCUUCAAGAUGCCCAGCACUGCCUUAAAUUCAUAGUGGAGAACUUUCUGGAGACAGCCAAUCCAAAGCCUGUCUUUACAGAGAAAUGGGAUGAAGUGCAAUUUGAAGAUGAAUUUGAAAAUUCCUAUGAAGUCAAACUGGAAAUGAAGAGUAACGAAUUAAAAGACAGUGUUACCAUGGAUACUGAUCUCAGAGGCUCUGAAUGCACCAACAUUGGUCUGUAUAGUAUGUCACAAAUGACACAAGCAGUUUCACCGCGUUUGGACAAUGUCAUUAUUCUGACCAACAUCUGCUUGUAUCCUGUCAAAUCAUGUGCUGCCUUUAAGGUAUCUGAGUGGGAAAUCGGACCAAGGGGCCUCCUGUUUGAUAGAAACUGGAUGAUCGUGUCAGAGAAUGGAGUAGCUAUAAGUCAGAAGAGGGAGCCCAACCUCUGUCUAAUCAAACCCUCCCUAGAUCUGUUACAGCAGACAUUGACACUCAGCUACAAUGAUAUGAAACCUGUGACCAUUCCUUUAUACAGAGAAGAGAAAGAUUUCCACAACAGUGCAGCAAUGUCCUGUACCAGUAAAAUAUGUGGCGACAGAGUGCUUGGGACUGACUGUGGUGAUCAUGUGUCGGAUUGGAUCAGUGAAGCUUUAGGGAGACCCGGAUGUCGCCUCAUUCAGCAAAACAACGACCACAUAAGGACCAGUAAGCUGAAGGACAAGGAAAAUGAUAUAACCAAAGAAGAGAAUUUAUCAUUAUCAAACGAGUCCCAGUAUCUUCUGAUCUCCAGACCAAGUGUACAGGAGCUCCUCAGCAAAAUCAAAGAGAGGCAGAGUAAUGAAAAUGAGGCUGGAGAACAAAUAGAUUUAGAAAAUCUGGUUCAUCGCUUCCGAGCUAAUUUAAUUGUUGAUGGCGGAAUCGGUUAUGAGGAGGACAGCUGGGAGCAAAUUCAGAUAGGACAACACAGAUUUAUGGGUCAAGGCGGGUGUACCCGCUGCCAGAUGAUUUGUCUGGACCAGGAGACAGGACAGAGGAGCAAGGAACCACUCAGGACCCUGGCUGUAAGCAGGGGGAGAAAGAUUCCAUUUGGAAUACAUGUAAGAAAUGAUGCACAUGCUGAAGGAGCCAGACUGAGGGUAGGGGAUAUAGUUCAACCUGUAUAGCCAAAUUUAUAUGACGCAAAAGAUCUUUGUUUUUUAUUUUCUUUACACAAAACUAGAAAAAGGUGCUACUGGUAUUUAUUUAUAGUGAUAUUUGAACAAACAAAGAAGUAUAUAUGUUAUUAGAAUUAUUAUAUAUGUGGGCUUUUAAUUAUUCAUAGUUCUACAAUUUUUUUUUUAAUCAUUGUAUACAAUUCAUGUAUAGAUACAUGCAAGUUUUAUGUAUAAUUAUUAAGAUGAUGACCCUAUUCAUAACCAGCAUAAUCAGACACAUUUAUGUGCCAUUUUACAUUCCAUCAAGUGUUGAAAGUUAAAUUUAAUUUGCAUACAUGCAUAUGAUACUUGAAAAGUAUUAUAAUCAUUUAUUUUUAAAUAUUCAGAAUUGAAUCAUGUUAUUUAUGUCAGCAUGAGAGUUAUAAUAUUCAGCAACUUGUUUAUGAUGUUGCACUUUUUAAGGCUUUUAAUGUACAUAUCUUGUUAUGUAUAUGCACUUCAUUUUUUAUGGUUUUGAAAUCAUGCACAGGUGCCAACAUUGUAGGGCUUUGUUAGUCAUAUAUAUUCAAUAUAUUUGCAGAUUCUAAAAGAUAAAACUUCUGUAUACCGUAUUUAGUCUUUCAAUAUUUGUUGAUCCAUAUCAAUGUUUUCAAAGCUAUGAGCAAACUUGGGCAUAGUAUGAUAGCUUUUUAGGGCGAUUUUUAUCUGUGAUACCAUUUUCAGGUGCUAGGCCAAUCAUAUUUCUGGACAGUUGAUUUGUACAAUUAUAUACAUGUACAGUGAAACACGCCUAUAACAAAGUGCCAGGGAUGGGUGAUUUAUGAGCGCAUUUCAUUAUAUCUGUCUAGAUAACAACAUGUAAUAAACCCAGGGGAAAUGAAAAUCACUUCGCUGUAAGCGUCAAUUCAUUAUAAGCAUGUUCGCUAUACAUGUAACCAAGUUUUACUGUAAUGUCUUUCACAGGUUUUCAUAUAAAUUUAUAUACAAAUGUUUAAUAAAAUAGUUACAUCUUCAACA